GUCCUUUCUGUUACCAACAACACAGAAUGUGCGAAGCUGCUGGAGGAAAUCAAGUGUGCACACUGCUCACCUCACGCUCAGAACCUAUUCCACUCACCUGAGAAAGGGGAAACUCCUGAAAAAGAACUAAUGCUUCCCUACCUGUGCAAAGACUAUUGUAAAGAGUUCUAUUACACCUGCAGAGGUCACAUACCAGGUUUCCUCCAAACUACAGCUGAUGAGUUUUGCUAUUACUAUGCAAGAAAAGAUGGUGGUGUGUGCUUUCCAGAUUUUCCAAGAAAACAAGUGCGAGGGCCAGCUUCUAACUCCCUGGACCACAUGGAAGAAUACGACAAAGAGGAAGAGAUCAGCAGAAAACACAAGCACAACUGCUUCUGCAUUCAGGAGGUUGUGAGUGGACUGAGGCAGCCUGUUGGAGCAGUACAUUGUGGGGAUGGAUCCCAUCGCCUCUUCAUUCUUGAGAAAGAAGGAUACGUGAAGAUCUUCACUCCCGAAGGAGACAUACUCAAGGAACCUUUUUUGGAUAUACACAAGCUUGUUCAAAGUGGAAUAAAGGGAGGAGAUGAAAGAGGACUGUUAAGCCUUGCAUUCCAUCCCAAUUACAAGAAAAAUGGAAAGCUGUAUGUGUCUUAUACCACCAACCAAGAACGGUGGGCUAUUGGACCUCAUGACCACAUCCUUAGGGUCGUAGAGUACACAGUAUCCAGGAAAAAUCCACACCAAGUUGACAUGAGGACAGCAAGAGUGUUUUUAGAAGUAGCAGAACUCCAUCGAAAACAUCUAGGAGGACAGCUUCUGUUUGGCCCAGAUGGCUUCCUAUACAUUUUUCUUGGAGAUGGCAUGAUCACUCUAGAUGACAUGGAGGAGAUGGAUGGUUUAAGUGAUUUUACAGGUUCUGUAUUGCGCCUCGAUGUCAAUACUGACCUGUGCAAUGUCCCUUACUCCAUCCCACGGAGCAACCCACACUUCAACAGCACCAACCAACCUCCUGAGAUUUUUGCACAUGGACUCCACAAUCCAGGCCGGUGUGCUGUGGACCGGCACCCAACCGAUGUAAACGUCAAUUUAACUAUACUUUGUUCAGAUUCAAAUGGAAAGAACAGAUCUUCAGCAAGGAUCUUACAAAUAAUUAAGGGCAAAGACUAUGAGAGUGAGCCCUCCCUUCUAGAAUUCAAACCCUUCAGCAGUGGCUCCCUGGUUGGUGGAUUUGUGUACCGGGGCUGCCAGUCGGAGCGGCUCUAUGGAAGUUACGUGUUUGGAGACCGCAAUGGAAAUUUUUUAACACUGCAACAGAGUCCUGCAACCAAACAGUGGCAAGAGAAACCCCUCUGUCUUGGCAACACUGGCUCAUGUAGAGGUUUCUUUUCAGGCCCUGUCUUGGGAUUUGGAGAAGAUGAAUUAGGUGAGAUUUACAUAUUAUCAAGCAGUAAAAGUAUGACACAGCCUCACAGUGGAAAACUCUACAAGAUUGUUGACCCAAAAAGGCCUUUAGUCCCUGAAGAAUGCAAAAGAACAGCUCAGCCUGCACAGAUACUGACAUCUGAAUGCUCAAGGCACUGUCGGAACGGGCACUGCACUCCCACAGGAAAAUGCUGCUGUAAUCAAGGCUGGGAAGGAGAGUUCUGCAGAACUGCAAAAUGUGACCCAGCCUGUCGACAUGGAGGUGUCUGUGUAAGGCCCAAUAAAUGCUUGUGUAAAAAAGGCUAUCUCGGCCCCCAGUGUGAACAAGUGGACAGAAACAUCCGAAGAGUGACAAGGGCAGGUAUUCUGGAUCAGAUCCUAGACAUGACAUCCUAUUUGCUGGAUCUAACCAGCUACAUUGUAUAGUUUCUGGGACUAUUUGGAAACUCCACUUUCAGCGGGCAUUUGUUUUGAAUCCUGUCGUUUUUGAAAGACUGUUAUCCUGCAACAAACACCGGUGAUUUGAUUUCCUUUAUUAAUUUAAGUGUAAUAUCCACCAAUGUGCAGAAAAAUCCCCUGUAUGUGUGUAAAUAUUCCUGCACGUCUCCACAGGCGUCCCGAUAUCCAAUAUGUGCACACAUACACACGCAGCCGCUAUCACAAAUACGGUUUUGCAGAAAGUGGAAUCUUUUUUAAUAUUUAUUUCUUCAUGAGAAAUAGUUUACGAAGCAAUUCCACUGUAAAACAUAUUUUUGUCAAAGGACUUUGCUGAUGUCUUAAUGGAUUCUUUGACAUCCCAGAAAUCUCGUUCCUGUACCUAUCUGAUUAUAGCAGUGAGAAAGCAGUUUCCAAACAUCGCUGUAUAAACUGCUGGACUUAAUAAAAUCCAGUUGUAACAGUUUCUAAGGUAAACUGAACUCCAUCAUGAGACAAUAUUUCAGAACUGCUUAAUGCAUUCCUAUCUAGGCAAUUCAUUGUAAGACUGUAACCUUCACUUUCAUCAAUGUAACUCUAUUACAGAAUGUUAUUUCUUUAUCUAGCAUAGAUGCAAAAAUCUGGUUAUCGCAGCUUAAUAUCAAGAUUGUUUCAAGUGUUUAAUAAUUAAAUUAUAUUCGCAUAUUUCAAAACCAGUCAUCCUAGAAGGUCUGCUUUUUAUCAUAUAUUUUAUUUAACGAUGGGCACUGGGUUCAUGUUACAUAUUUAUAUUAUUUUAUUUUAUUUUUAUAAUAUAGACAUCACCUAGAUGAGACAGCUUUACCAUGUCCUGUAAAAUACUAAAGUUACAUUUUUCACCAAGGUAAUUGGAAAGACUGGGAAAGAGAGAGCAAACACACACUUCAAUGUGUUGUGGAUCUAAUCUAGAAAUGUACCCUUGUGUCAACUUGUGUUCAUUUACAGUGGAUGAGAAAAAAAAGCAAACGCCCACCAACCCUAAUAAAAUUGCAGCAUGUGUUUCAAGUGUCCAUAAAGUGAUUUUCACUGUAGCAGGACAGUGCAAGAGGCAGAUUCUGCCCAUGCCACACUGAACGGGGUGUCCCAGGGAAAGAGCUCUCAUGAGCAGGGGCUGCCUGUGCACAGUGUCACUUAUACAAAACCUACAGCAGCUCUUGCCAACUGUGGUUCUAAGUGUUCCUUGGAGAGCCAAGAAAACCAAGUGUUUGUAAAUGCAUCAAUAAAUGUGGUGUACGUGCUGUAGCCAGGUUUUCUAAGGUAUUAAUUAAUUAGAUGUAUCUGCAGAACUGGUGCCCCCUUAUCUCCAGCUCUACUGGCAGUUUCUUUGUUCACUGCUUACCAACUAUCAGAUUUCCUUUGCACUACCUGCAAACUGCCUACUGCAGCUUUUACAGAAUCUUGCCUAAGAAAAGAAAGCAGAGCAGCCCCAGUGUGCACAUCCUGUGGUCCUUAGAAGCAGCUGCUCAUGCAUCAUAGAUUGACAACACUUUAGCCAAACAGAUCUAAAAGACUUUCCCCAUGUUACACUCCAGCAGUAAAAUCAUCUCUCCAGGGCAGCAGCAUGCAACAAAUUUUCCUUUAUAGAAAUUUGUCAGUGUUCAUUUAGUGAGUAUUAAAUCUGAAAUUACAGCAUAACCAAUACUUGCAUUUCUGUGUCUCACACAUUCCAGCUCUGAGGAACAGACAAUUUGCCUUCCAUAUAUGUUUGCCUGGGUUUCAGUGACCUCAUGCCAAAUGGAAAUUGGUUGAGAAAUCUUGGUUAAGUGCUCAGAGAACAAUGGUCUGCAUUAAAAAGUGCAUGCAUAAUUUUGCACAAUGUAGAUUCAACUGACAGUCCAUUGAAAGACAUCUUGGGAUUAAAUGAGCAUGAAGACCAAAUUGCCCUCUCACCCCAGAAAAGGGUGGUCCCUUAUAGUCACACGAACACUUCAUUGGCUAAGCAGUGUGACCAAUCUUAAAAUGAACCCUGUGGUAGCAUCUGUAGGUUAAUAGCAGCUCUUUGUCUCCGCUGCUUUCUGCCUUUAGUCUUUUCCCUGAAUUCCAUCACAAAAAGUUCUACAAUUAAAAAAUGUCCUGACAACCAUUUUUGUAAAUUGACCUUAGCAUCUAAUCUUUCCUUAUUCAACGUGGGUGACAAAAAUGUGAACUUCUCAUGAAUGAGCCAGCUGUCUAAAUCUGUCACAUAGCACGGUUUUAUUACACUCUUCAUAGUCAGCAAGGCAAGAAAGUCGCUGAAGUAUUUUAGCAACGUUGAAAUAUCCGACAGAGAUAACAUCUUUAACACUUUCUUCAAUGAAAUAUAUUUAAAAAUAAACCCAACUUUAACUCUACUGUGACAUGUUGUUUUCAGCAACCAGCUGGGGAGACAUGAUAGCUCUUUUCUCACUGCUUAGUGCCUUAAAAAAUACCCCAGAUGGCACCUAAAUUGGAGUUCACAAUAAUAUAUACAUGCCACAGUCAUGCAGAGAACAGAAAACAAUGAUCUUGGAGUUUUGAUCUUAAUAAUAAUGAAAAUUUAGUUUGCUAGUGAAAUCUGAAAAUAAACAUCCAGUAAGAGCUAAGAAUUAAAUCCAGGCUUCAUUCAAAUCAACAGCAAAAACUCACAUCGACUGUGCUGCACCCAGAAAAUCACUUUCAAAUUUAAGCAAAAUUUAAGCAAAAUUCUUCAGGUUGUUUUAUUAAAAAAAAAAAAUCUGCUCUGAAUCAUUCCAUAAAAACUUCAAAAUUAAGGAAUAAUCUAAGUGAAGUUCUGAGGGAGAGAGGAGAUAGUUUGUGAAACUGUUUUGAUUCAUUUUUAUUUUUGAUUAUCUUUUAUAUUGUGUGAAAGCAGGCAUGUGCAUUAAGCCCACAUGUUCAUAGGAAGUCCCAGUGGAAAAGAAGUAUUCUCAUAAAAAAUAAAAAGAAAGAAAAAAAUCCUAGCUGCUUAUUUAUCAAAAGAAAUUAUACUAUUAAAAAGAGUGAGCAAACCCCAGGCCUAGCCACCCAAGAUGCUGAUAUAAAAAGGGCAACUGCAGUAAUUGCCCUGAGAAUUGGCAUACAAAAAUAAAAAAAGGGUCUGUAGAAAGCCUGUUGCCAGUUAGGUCAUUCUGCAGCCAUUCUCACACAGCCUCCGAGAGUGUCCCAGAAUAAAACUGAGCUUAUAAAUGAAACUAGAUAAAUGAGGCAAUUAGAUAAGGGCCUCCAGAAGGGAUUUUCUGUAUGUGUUCAAGUUGUCUCUGUCUCUGUGUCUCUCUCUCCUAAUCUUUUAUUCCAUUCAUUUCUUCCUUUAUUCGGAGCUACUGCCUCUCUGUUCCCAACACAUUGUACAUCUCAGGCAUUCUUUCAGCCUUUCUGCUGCUCAAGGAGAACAAACCUACCUGCUGCAAGAAACAUGACUCUCCCUGAUGCCUGCUAGUGUUAAACCCCUGCUUUAUUAUUUUGGGACAGAAAGCUCAUCUUUCUCUUUUUACAUGCUGCUGAUCAGAAAGAAGGCAUAUUACUGGAAUAUAAGGAGAAACAUCUUUACAAAGACAAAAAGAUGUUAUACAAAAGCAGCUCCAAAUCAUUUCACUCCAUUUCAGAGAAACAGUAAACUCAUUUUUCUACUGCACCCCAUAAGAAAUACUAACUCAAAGCCUUCCCCUCUGGGAAUAAAUUUAUUCUGUUAACAGACAGGGACUCAGAUCCAAACCCUUUUUUCCUUUAAAUCCUCACACAUUAUUCUAUUUCAUGCAAACAAAGUGUAAGUUAGGUAUAAAUAAGAAUAUAAAUUCUGUAUCACAGACAAGACACCUCUCCUUCUCCUUCUCUCUUCCUUUCACUCACUUGUCCACAUUUGGUUUUGCAGCUUCUUCCUUUCUAGACCCACAGCAAACAUCAGCAAUCCCUGGUUGCUGCAGGUGCUAAUUAAUUUUGAAAGUGCCUGACAGAUGUGUGCAUCAACAUCUUCCCUUUUAUCUUUUGGACAUUCCACAGAAUGUUGUUAUUUUAUAGUGACUUUCAGCACUGUGUCUUAGCUGGGCACUCACAGUCCAGGAGUUCCAGCCUCACACAGCUCAGGCACAAACAGACUGGAGCUGGAGGAAGGCAGAAAUCACUUCAGUCACUGUGCUUAUCACAAAUUUACCCAUUGCAAUCUACUUAACUGAAAAACAGAAUGAUAUCCCUGGCAUGAUGGAAUUUAGCUUUUCAGUACACAUUUUCUCUAAUUUGGCUUGAGAAACAAGGACCUUUUCCUGUAAAAUUAUGCAAAAUGGAGAUGCUGGAAAUAUGAAGAAGUAAUUCCACAGGUGUAAAGUUGCACUACGGUGAAAAUGAGUUUUCAUACAUCUAAUUCUAAUUGCAUCCAUGAAAUAGGCAUUUAUAAGAUUAGAUUGCAUCCAUGAAAUAGGCAUUUAUAAGAUUAGUUCUACGUGGAAAAAACAAGUCCAACGACAGUCUGUUCUGCUAAUUUCUCCUUAAUCAUGUAAAUUCUCAUGCAUUUUAAUUUACUAUCCUUUAGAUUAUCUGUGUAUCACUUUAAUUAGGAAUUUUGCCAUUUUGAUCUUCUGUCCAAUUUAAAAGGUGUCCUUUGUCUUGGAAAAAACCAAAAGGAAGCCAAGUGGUAAAUUAAAACUAAUUAUUUUAAUUUUUCAAUAUUAAAAAAAAGUAAAAUACUCAUAAAAAAUGCAACCAACCCUUCAAAUUUAAUUCCAAUUUCCAGAAAUUUUGUACCAAAUAAUCUGGGUUCUGGCUACAAAAACCUGAUAAAUAUUCCCCUAAGUAGUUUCAGUAAAAAAUGUUUCAGAAACAUUGAAAAAAUUAAGUCUGUUUUGCUGAAAAGUUUUAUUUUUUCAACAAGAGAGUAAUUCAGUGAAAUAAGGCACGUACUUUUUGGGAUGUAGGUGUGAAACAGCAGAAGCCACCUGAAAGCUUAGUACAGGAUUACUUUAAUCUUUGAGGGCGUGACUCCAAGCCCAUUGAUGUCAACUGAUAAUCUCCUAUUGACUUCAUUAGUUAUAGGAUUAAGCCCUUAAAAGAUAUCCACUUAGCUGGCAGAAGAUCUUAACUUCAGACACCAGUGCACACAUGACCUCUCCAUGUCUGCAUCUGCAGCACUACACCAGUGUGUGGUGGAACAAGAGUGCAGCCCCAGCCCCACUGAGCUUUCCAAUCCUCCUGGGUUUCCUUAGAGGUGUUGCCAGCAUUUCCACAAAAACCGCCUGACUUCUCGAUGCUUUUAAAAUGUCCAGCUGACGUUAAAGCUGAGUGAGUCUCCUGCUUCCCUGAGCUCUCAGAACUGGGAAAGUAUCAUCAAAGUGAUCAUUCUAUGCUACAGACAUUCACCAACAUUUAAUAUUCUGGUUUAUAUGCAAAUAGUUUGUAUCCUUACCUAUUGUGUACUGCACACAGCCAGGCUUCCAGAAACAAAAUUGUCAGACAUUCUUGCACAGACAGUAAACUGCAUUACUGGAGAAGAGAUUUACUUCUACUGAUAAGAAACAACUUUCCAUCUGUUACUACCAAGAGGAUCCAGUGUAUCAUAUAGCAAAGGUCCUUCUAUGGUCUACAAGAUUUUCCUAUUUAUUUUCAUUUUGCAAUGAAGUAAAAACUAUUUUAAGGAAAAAAAUGCUUAAAUUCUCAGGAAAUUUCAGAAAGGCAACAUCAGCUAAAGCAUGUGAAUAUACACAAUGGCUGUGCUCACAGUAUUCUUGGAAAGAAGGCAGAGAGAGUGGCUGCUUUCGAGACAGGUUUUUUAUGGAGGAUACAUUUUACAGUAGGACAAAGGGUGUUUUGCAUCACAAGGCAGUAACAAACAAGCCCAUUUUCUGAAUUUUCCUAGGAGGAGCUGCUAAAAAGAAAAUGUUCUAGGCAGUCAAAACUGGUGUGCAAAGUCACUUUAAUUCAUAUCAAGACACACUGAGACCAGAAACCACCUGGUAUUGAGUCACCAGAUGCAGCUUGUAGUGGGCUCCAUUAGUACCAGGAGCAGUAACCCUACCCUGUGAAUUAUCCAGAAAUGCUAUUAGCUGUCCCCCACAAAUUAUACUGCAGAAUUAAAACUUCAAUUCCCCUUUGAGAACAAUUAGAUUGUAAUGGGAGCCAAGCAGAAAAGGAAAUAACAAACUUCUGUCACUUGAGAACAUUACUGUAGUGGCAUUCCCCUGUUCAACUAGUUUUAUUUCAUAGCAGCUGUCAGGUGCUGUAUGUACAUUUGAAAUGUGGGAAAAUAGCUUAGAAAAUAUCACUCAAAGUAGGUUUAAGCAUCUUCUGUAAACUGAAUUACACUACUAAGCAUAUACAGGCACUGAUCUAGCUGGGAGCACACAAGUAAUUGUAAGCAUAUGAACCUCACUGAAGUCAUGUGCUUAACAUUAUUAAUAUAAUUAAUAUUUUCUUGGUUUGAGACCUUACAAGUCUUUGCAAGUCUACCUAUACAGACUCUCUAUGCUAUAUGUGCAGUUCUUUUUAGGGAGACAGCAGGACUGAAGUUCCCAACAAGAGAAUUUAGUUGCUGUCUGUCACAAAUUCUGUAUAACCUGAAAUCAUUGCAUCUUUGUGCCUCCACUUCCCAUCCAAAAAUUAGUGAAAUCAAUCCUUGUAAAAGCGCUUUGAGCUCUUCAAAUGAAAAGUGCUAUAAAAACUACAAAUUAUUAUUAUAUUAUUGAACACCAUGUAUGUAUACACACUAUUAUGUAAUAUAUAAUAUAUGUAUAAUGCAUAUAAAUUCUAACAAAUGUAUUUGUGUAAUAUCUGAGAAAUGGAACAGUUGUAUCUGGAAGUGAUAAAUACAUAGAGUUGGAUUUAUUGUUAAUCUGUGGAUUUAAUGAUUUUUUUAGACAAAAGGAUGUUUAAGUGUAUAAUUGCUUUUCUUAAUUUAAUAUAUUUAUGUAAAUGCAUGCCUGAAGUUCUGAUUAGAUAGUUAUUCUGUGUCCCUUAAGCUAAUAAAAUAUAUUAAACUUUAUCUUACUGUAUAAGGUA